AUGGAGAAGAAGUUAAGGAUAAAGAAGAAAGUAUGGAUGGGGAAGAAGUUUGGGAUGGAGAAGAAUCUCCUAAUUAAGGAAGCAGAAGAAGUUAAGGAGGAUGGAGAAGAAGUAAGGGAAGGAGAAGAAGUUAAGGAUGGAGAAAUAGUUUGGGAUGGGGAAGAAGUGAAGGAAGGAGAAGAGGUUAAGGAAGAAGAAGAAGAAGUUAAGGGUAAAGAAGAAAGUAUGGAUGGGGAAAAAGUUUGGCAUGGAGCAGAAGUUAAGGAAGGAGAAGAAAUUAAGGAUGAUGAAGAAGAAAGUAAGGAUGGAGAAGAAGAAGUUAUGGACGGAGAAGAUGUUAAGGAAGGAGAAGAGACUAAGGAAGGAGAAGAAGUUAGGGAAAGAGAAGAAGUUUGGGAUGGAGAAGAAGUUAAGGAUGGAGAAGAAGUUUGGGAUGGAGGAGAAGAAUCGAAGUAUGGAGAAGAAAUUAAGGAAGAAGAAGUUUAG